GAGGGAAUGGGAGGCCAGUGGAGUUCAUGUAGCAGUGAAUAGAUAUCCGGAGCCAAGGAAGAUGGAAAUUACCCGAGGAAGGGUGGGAAAGAAGGAUUCUGAAAAAGCAAGGGCGACAGCUAGAAGCAAGGCCCCAGCCAGUUUACCCCUUCCAGUUGAAUCGCGACUGGCACAGGGGAGGGAUAGGCAGCUGUUCCUUGCUUGAUUGAUUGAUUGUUGUGGGCAAGAUUUUAGAACUAAAAUUAGAAACUAAUAUUUAUAAAUUAAUUUACGAAUAGUAAUAAUACUUUAAUACAAUGUCAAUGGAUAUUGGAUGAAAUACGCGUUUAUUUACACUUUAAUCCAGCAGUAUUUUAUGUCACUUUACUGUGUUUUCGCGCAGUGUGAAAGCGGUAGCUAAUCCGCCGCUGUAAAUAUGGCGCUUCUGCUAACUUCACUAUUGCAAACUAACGUUUAAAACAAGGACUCUUCAGCUGGUGUUGCGGCCAUGAAGGGAGUUGAUGCAUAUUACAUUUAGUACACAUUUGACGCUGUUAUCGCGUAAUUUUGUGGGCAAAAGAAAAUUCGCAAUUUAUUAGCUAAUAAGCUAACUAGCUAGAUAGUUGCUUUCGUAAAUAAACUAGCUAACGUUAGCUAUUUUGUUUAGCGACCUUGUCUGAACAAGUAAACAUCGCAAUAAAUAUCGUUUUAAAGUUCUCUGAAACUGAAUUUUUACUUUACUGAAUUGUCUCACUCGACAGCUUUCCUUCAUAUGAUUCAAAGCUAAUCCAAUAAUUGCUUGCUAUUGCUAACCGUCAAGAAGCUAGUUGGCUUUGUUGCCUCGAGAAUGGCAGCGAUAAAAGCAAGUCGGUUUAACGUGGUGGGUGUGUGCCAUCAGUUAGGAUCAUUAACCUGGUUUCAUGAUAAGACAUGUAUGAUGCUCAUCGAUUAAUAAGUCAAGACGUGCACAAAGCAGUACAUUUUGAAUGCAAGCGUAUCAAACUUCACACAUUUUGUUCCCCUUAUAGCCUUUGUUUCCUAAGCCUUUAAUAUGUAAAUAUACAUACAUGUUUCAUUGUCGUUGGACGAAGACUUUACAGUCAAAUAGGUAGCUGCAUGAUCGUGUAUGUUAUUGCUCUACAGGGAGUAGAUAAUCUCUGUCAGAGCAAUCCAGCAUUGCCAUGCUCUAUUCAUAGACAUGGAAAUUAAUCAAGUAUAAAAGUGGAAUGUAAUCGUGUUUAGGCCGUUAAAAACAUUCUUAUUUCUAUGGUUUAGACUACAAUAUGGAUCAAAUAUUUAUGGCACUUGGUCUUUCAAAGAGGGAAAAACAAUUCAAUAGAUUUUCACUGUAGUUUAGCAAUUUACCUCAACCCUUCUCCAUAGUGCAGUAUUAGUCAAUAUUGUUUACCAAAUACAAAUGUCAGUUUUUGUAACUUGUACUGUUUUCUAAUGUCCAUUUAUCACGAAGAGUAAUUUAUACUAUAAUAGCCUUUUUUAAUUCUCAACAGUGUGUGGACCUAUGUGUCUUUCUAGGUCCGCCAACAUGAUGGCUGCCCAGUCGGAUUCCAUAGACAAGUACCCGGAGGGAGAGCAGCAGAUGCAGGGGGUGGAGCAGGCGGACGGUGAGGAGGGUUUGGAUGCAGCCUCCAGUCCAGCCCCCACUGAGCCCCAGACCCCCAUGGAUGUAGAUAAGGCUUCCAUAUACCGGCAUCCCUUGUUCCCUCUCCUGGCCCUGCUCUUUGAGAAAUGUGAGCAGUCUACACAGGGCUCAGACUGUGUCACGUCAGCCAGCUUCGACGUGGACAUUGAGAACUUUGUCCGCAGCCAGGAGAAAGAGGGCAAAGCCUUCUUCAGUGAGGACCCUGAUCUCGACAAUCUGAUGGUGAAGGCUAUCCAGGUGCUGCGGAUCCACCUGCUGGAGCUGGAGAAGGUCAGCGACCUGUGUAAGGACUUUUGCAGCCGCUACAUCUCCUGCCUCAAGACCAAGAUGAACAGCGAGACGCUGCUGAGUGGAGAACCUGGCAGCCCCUACUCAUCUGGACAGGGUUUCUCCCCCACCAAGAUCCAGACGUCCAGCUCUUUCACAGGAACCCUCAGUCCCCAGGGGAUUGUGGUGCCAGCAUCGGCCCUGCAGCAAGGCAACGUAACCGUGACAACAGUCAACCCCACACAGGUUAUAGCAGGUAUGUCACCCUGGCAUACAACAACCACAGGUGGCACAGUCUACCAACCAGUCACAGUAGUCAACUCACAGGGCCAGGUGGUGUCACAGACCCUCUCGCCCCAGACCAUACGCAUCCAGAACACACAGCUCCAGCUACAGCUCAACCAGGACCUGAGUUUCUUCAACCACGACGACAGCUCACCCAAGAACAAGCGUGGCGUCCUUCCCAAACAAGCCACCAACGUCAUGCGCUCCUGGCUCUUCCAGCACAUCGGGCACCCCUACCCCACGGAGGAUGAGAAGAAGCAGAUCGCUACUCAAACUAACCUCAGCCUCCUCCAAGUCAACAACUGGUUCAUAAACGCGCGGAGGCGGAUCCUGCAGCCCAUGCUGGACGCCAGCUCUUCGGAGACACCCAAAACCAAGAAGAAACCUCCUCCGAACAGGCCUCUACAGCGCUUCUGGCCUGACUCCAUCGCCACGGGGAUGACCCAACAACAGGUCCAGAUGCCAGAUGGUCGAGUAAGUACUGACUUGCUACACUGCUCAUUGGAUAAGCACUGCUAUGUGUCAAGAGUUGCUGGAGCUGUUGGCUAUACUUGUUUUUAAGGAACCACGGUGAUGAUGAGCGUGGAGGGUCUCCGGAGCCUGUCAUCAGACGGCGCCACGCUAGCCGUGCAGCAGGUGAUGAUGGGCGGGCACAGCGAGGACGAAUCAGGAGACAGCGGGGACGAGGACGAUGAUGAUGACAUGGCUGGGCUGGGCCUGGACAACAGCGACUCGCUGCAGUAGGACACAGACGUACUGUACACACACACAUACACACUUAAAAACAAACUUUGUGUGCUUUGUUUUAAUAUGUAUGUGUGUGUGUGUGUGUGUGUAUAUAUAUGUGUGUGUGUGUUAUAUAUAUAUAUAUAUAUAUAUAUAUAAUCACAUACACAUAUGUGGUGGUUAAGACCUUCCACAACUGACACAUUAUGUAGGCGGGCUGAUAAUGAAUAAGGCGGGCUGAUAAUGAAUAAGGCGGGCUGAUAAUGAAUAAGGCGGGCUGAUAAUGAAUAAGGCGGGCUGAUAAUGAAUUGCAACACACACUAGAACCAAAUCAGAGCCAUUUUUGAUGCUCUGCUAAAAAUAGGAUGGCUCAGAUUAUGUACGUACUGUAGAUAGACCGGUAUUGCAUCGCAAGUACACAAAUGCGGGUACAUGCAAUUAUACGCUCUCUCAAUCGGUUUACACAGAGCACAACCACUGGACAUACGGGAUCACUCCUGAUGUCCCUUUAACGAACGGAGUGUCUUGUUUGUGAGGAGUUUGAUUUCAGAAAGCGUUUUUUACUACGUCGUCUGUGUGUGUAGGCCAGUGAUUUUCUGUGUAAUAUCAUUGUGUGUUCCAAAAGACCGAGAACGGAAGCAGCAAAAGAAAAAUCAUGAAGUGUUAAAUAACACACUCUGAAUCUCCGUUACUAAAUGUUGAAUGAUUUCUUAUUUUUCAUUUCAUCUCUUUUUGGAUGCCAACACUUUCAAGUUGUAUCUGUAAUGGGUUUUGUUCACUUUGCAUGCCUGUGUUUGACUACAUGUGCCCACUCUGAUUAGGACUGGCUUACAGGCAGACCCUAUAGGUCCAGCAGAGCCCAUUAGGAAAAUGUAAAGUAAAGAGGCUUAUUUUUAUAUACAAACAUGAGAAGUAUGUUUUUUGUUUGUUUGAUGUUCUCUUGUUUUGUUUGGAAUGUUUAUGUACAAACGUUUUGUUAUUGAAGCUAGCGGCCCUGUUUUCCAGGGUCCAAUUAAGUUUUCUAAAUAUUGAUGAUAAAUGAGAAAAAAAUUAUGUCAAAUGGUUUUUAACACGAUCCGAAAAAGGCCUUAUUUACAGUUAACUGCCAAAAUAAUGGAAACACUUAAGUAAAUGAGGGAUACAAAGUAUAUUUAAACCAGGGCGUUCUACACAGGGUCUGGUUCAGGAGUCUAAUAAACACAUUAACAUCCCAUCAUGCUUAGGGUCAGGUAUUAAAAAUGCCCAGUUGCUGAUUUAUUAUGGCUAGAAGGGAUUGUGUGUGUGUGUGUGUGUGUGUGUGUGUGUGUGUGUGUGUGUGUGUGUGUGUGUGUGUGUGUGUGUGUGUGUGUGUGUGUGUGUGUGUGUGUGUGUGUGUGUGUGUGUGUGUGUGUGUGUGUGUGUGUGUGUGUCAUUUACCAGAUCUCUACCAAAUUGAACACUUAUGGGAGAUUGUGGAGCGGUGCCUGAAACAGCGUUUUCCACCACGUCAAUAGAACACUAAAUGAUGGAAUGUCUCAUAGAAGAAUGGUGCAUCCCUCCAGUAGAGUUCCAGACACCUGUAGAACCAAUUUAACGGCACAUUGAAGCUGUUCUGACGGCUCCUUCUGGCCCUACACCCUAUUAAAUCGGGGUUUCCGUUAUUUUGGCAGUUACCGGUAUGUUCUUUUUGUAAAGACAUAACUAUAGUGAAAAGCACAGAAAGCCUGACUAGUAGAAGCUACACUCCCCUACGUUUUGUUUGGACAGUAAAACGUUUACUUUGGCACUUCAGCAUUUUGGGAUUUGAGAUCAAAUGUUUUAUGAGGAGACAGUACAGAAAGUCACCUUUUUAUUUCAGGGAAUUUUCAUACGUAUUUGUUUUACAUUUUUUUACAUUUUAGUCAUUUAGUAGACGCUCUUAUCCAGAGCAACUUACAGUAGUGAAUGCGUACAUUUCAUACAUUUUUUUUUUUCUUUUCGUACUGGUCCACCGUGGGAAUCGAACACACAACCCUGGCGUUGCAAACACCAUGUUCUACCAACUGAGCCACACGGGACCUUUACAGUUCAGAAAUUGAUGCACUUUAUGUAUCUAGUCCCCUCCAUUUGAAUAACUAUUUGGACAAACAGUUUGUAAAAAUGUUGUGGUAUUUGGUCCCAUAUUCCUUGCACACAAUGAUUACAUCACUCUUGUGACUCUAGAAACUUGUUGGAUGCAUUUGCAGUUUGUUUUGUUUGUGUUUCAGAUUAUAUUGUGCCCAAUAGAAAUUAAUUUUAAUUACAUUUUUUUUACCUUUAUUUAACUAGGCAAGUCAGUUAAGAACAAAUUCUUAUUUUCAAUAACAGCCUAGGAACGGUGGGUUAACUGCCUUGUUCAGGGGCAGAACGACAGAUUUUUACCUUGUCAGCUCGGGGAUUCGAUCUUGCAACCUUUCGGUUAUUAGUCCAAUGCUCUGACCACUAGGCUACCUAGAGAAAUGAAAGGUGAAUAGUGUAUUGUCAUUUUGGAGUCACUUUUUUUGUAAAUACACACUGCUAUGUUAAUGUGGAUGCUACCAUGAUUACGGAUAAUCAUGAAUUAAUCGUGAAUAAUAAAAAUGAGUGAGGAAAGUUAAGGGCAUAAAUGUCAUAUCCCACCCAAAAAUGCUAACCACCUGUUACUGCUAAUGGUGAGAAGUUAGCAUGUUUUGGGAGCAUGAUCUUAGUGCGUCUGUAGAUACAUAAAGUGCAUUCAUUUCUAAACUGUAAAACAGAUAUGUAUGAAAAUACCCUCAAAUAAAAAAGGUGACUUUCUGUACUGUCACCUCAUAUAAACAUUUGAUCUCAAAUCCCAAAAUGCUGGAGGAUAGAGCCAAAUUAAACAUUUUAGUGUCACUGUCCAAAUAAAUACAUAGGGCAGUGUAUAUGCCUAUAGGGAAAUUAGUCAACGGAAGCUAAACUACAGUAGAGUGACGUAGCUACGGCAUAGUAAUAUGUUACAUUGACAAUUGCAGUUGGGAUAGAAAUUCAGAAACAUAUACUUGAUUUGCAGUACCCUCAUUUUCUGCAAACAAGUCCAGUUUUGCCAGUGUGUCAUGUUUUAAAAAAAAAACAUUUUUUUUUAAUCAUUUAUAAUAGUUCCGUUCGAUGUCCCUCUUUCAAGUGCACAAUUCAGUAUACUAUGCUUAUUGCAACGGUCACAAUGAACUGAAAUAGUUAUUAUGGUACUUAGGCAUACAGAUCCACAACACAGAGAUACAGCACAAAUGCAAUCACAGUCUAAAAAAAACAUGGCUAUGUUGCAUGCAUUUAAUCUUUUAUUUAUGUACAUAUACAUAUUGCAUUAGAGGCAGAGAGCAGUUGGGAUCCUCUGACCUCAGGCAGCACAUCGGUCCUCAGUUUGAGAAGGACUGGAGUACUGUGGCUGAUCUAGGGAUAGCUUUUUAAGAAUGUUUUCCAAAUGCUCCAUCUUCUAUUCUAAUAUUAUUGCAUAAAGUUCAGGGCCUUUUAUUGUUGGGAAAACCUGCACCAAUGUACUGUAUAUUUCCAAUCUUAUGCUUCUAUUUUCUGUCAUUCAGAAAAACUGACAUGAGAUUUAGAUCCCCACUGAGUGUUUCUGGCUCGGGGUCAGGUGGUUCUCUGCUGCACUCUCUCUCACAUCUCUGCUGUGUUUUUUUUUGGUUUUUUAAAAUCUACUGUUGACUUUUCUCUGUCUGUUUGCCCUAGAGCUUUUCUAUUUUGGAAUAAAUGAUGCCUAACCUCGA